ACCGGCUACUAUGGAAAGUGGAAUUGACCCAAGUGACGAGACUUCGCGAGUAGAAGUCCUUCAAAGCGACCCUAAUACUCCUUAUUCUUCCGUCUCUACUUUUGAAGAAUUGGGUUUAUCUAAAGAGUUAUUGCAAGGAGUAUAUGCCAUGAAGUUUAACAAACCGAGUAGAAUACAGGCAACUUCUCUACCCCUCAUAGCUAGAGAUCCACCAAAGAACUUGAUAGGUCAAGCAAAGAAUGGAAGUGGGAAAACGGCGUGUUUUGUGUUGGGAAUGUUAAUGAGAGUGGAUACCAAAGUAGAAGACGUUCAAGCGCUUUGUGUGGUUCCUACAAGAGAAUUGGCUCGACAAAUAUUGUUCGUAUUAGAAAGCAUGGGCAAAUAUACGGGAGUAAGAGUUUUUUGUGCAGUAAAGCAAACAGAAGAAGAACGAAACAUGCGCCUCUCAACUAUUCGUGACCAUGUUAUUAUAGGAACACCGGGAAGAGUCAUGGACUUGAUCAAAAGAAGGCUAUUCAACCCAGCUACUGUAAAGAUAUUUGUCCUUGAUGAAGCUGAUGUAAUGGUGGAUACGCAAGGAAUGGGUGACCAAACACUUCGUAUUAAACGAGCUUUGCAUCCACAGGUACAAACUUUGUUAUUUUCUGCUACUUUUUCGGAGCAAGUACAAGCAUUGGCACGACGAGUAGCACCCAAUGCCAGUCAAAUAUCGGUGAAAAGAGAAGAACUCAACUUGGACAAUGUACAACAAUAUUAUUUUAUGUGUGAAAGUGCAGACAAACGUUUUGAUCUACUAUCAGAUAUAUAUGGUUGUUUGACUAUCGGACAAUCGAUUAUUUUCGUGCAUACUCGAGCAAGUGCCAAUGAGUUGACCAGGAGACUUCGAAACGAAGGUCAUACGGUGUCUUUGUUACAUGGCGGAGAUAUGUCACCGGAAGAAAGGGAUCGUGUUAUUGAUGAGUUUCGACGGGGAACUACUAAAGUAUUGGUAACCACCAAUGUAUUGGCACGGGGAGUAGAUGUCUUACAAGUAACUGUGGUUGUCAAUUAUGAUUUGCCUCUAGAUGUGAAUAAUCAACCUGAUCCAGAAACCUAUUUACACCGAGUUGGAAGAACUGGAAGGUUUGGUCGUAAGGGUCUUGCUAUCAAUUUCGUUUAUGACCGAACAAGUUUGAAGCAGUUGCAGGAAAUUGAAAAGUAUUUAGGUAAUUGUCGUUUAGAGAAAGUGGUUGAUGUGGAAGAUUUGGAAAGGAAAAUAAAGAACAUUUGAAACUUGGAUAUUGUCCGUGAUGGCAUUUUUAAGUUGCUUUUCUUGUACUUUGGUGCUUCAGAAAUACGGUGGUCAAUGGACUCGU